CACAAUAUAUUACUAAUAUCAUCAUUUCUCUCACAGAGUAAUAUGGACGUCGAUAUGGCAUCAUCGUCAACGCCAACCAUGCGUUCGGCAGUUUCCGCCCCUCGCUCUGAAGCUGCCCCAAUAGCAGCACCCCGGACCAACACUGCACCGGCAGCGCCUCGAAUAAAGACAGGCUCCACCGCGACAACGGCUCCGCGUCAAAGCACGCCAGCAUUACCAGCGGGUCUGCAACAAAUUCGUUGUUCACUCUGCCGCCGCCUGCAUCGGCUAUCGCACUGCGGUAUCUUCAAAGGCAUGCCGACGAUGCAACGCCAGCAGGUGGCACAGGCGCACGGGUGUUGCCUGAAAUGUCUGGCAACUUCCCACGCAACUCAGGAGUGCCCAUCACAUAAUCGUUGCCAAAUCUGUGUGCGGGCUCAUCAUACGCUGCUGCACCGUACUACCAGACGUGACUCCGGGCGCCCACCGGCUCCUCGCACCAAUAGUAACGUGAGGCGUUCUCAAAGGACUCCUGUGACGACAUACCGCCGGCGCGGACCCUAUCCAGCAGAAUCCCGUCCCUGGCGCCAAAACCGGGCAAUAUCAAUACGACGCCAUCAUCUUAGGCCGCAGUCCCGCCGGUCAACAGGUCUCAGCAGCGUUGUAGCUACGCUACAGCGGCUUCUAGGCUAAAUACUCGCCUAGGGGGGCCGGGAUGGCUAAAUGAGUAGCGACGUCGCAUCACAUCUGCAUCAAUUCACC